AUGGAAUCCUCAAAAAAAUUGGAAAAAUUCAUGAAAAAUUGUUUAAAACUGUUGCGUCGCGCCAAAGAUCCAAGUUGCAUUAUAACAAUUUUAAAACAUAUACAAGAAGUCAUAGAAAAAGAGUUCAGUGGAAAACGAAAGCCAAAAAAGGCUGCCAAAAAAUCAGUUCUACCUGCCAUUCUUAUAUCAAAAGAAUUGGGUAAUGAUCAAACAGAAAUGAUUAUUAAUCAUGAGUCUAGCAGUCUUAGUUCUGUAUCAAAUUUAUUACUAAGUAAAUCAAAAGCCACCGUAGAUGAAUGUUCAUCCUCCUCAUAUAGCUAUUCAUUGGAAACAGAAUCAGAACCAGAUUUGUUCAUCAAUACCGAUUCAAAUUCUGAAAUAAAAACUGAAAACAUGGAGUUAUAUUCCUGUUGUGUUUGCAAAGAAUGUUUUGUAAGUAUUGGGAACAAUGUGGUAGAGUGUUUGGAUUGUCAUUCUAUGCAUCAUCAAAAUUGCCACACUCCACCAAUACCAGACAUUUACUUGAGUUACUGUAGUAAUUGCAGACAGAUAAUCUUGCAGAAAGAAAGUUCACCAGGAAAGGAAAGUAAGAAAAGAUCUUAUGAAAGCACUUUUGGAACGGAACCAGAAAAAUCUAGUAAAAAAUAA